ACAUCAUUAUCAAAACCAAAACAUACAAGUGCAUCAAAUAUCUUGAAAGACACAAUCGACAGGUCGCAUUCUCAACUUGCAGUCAAACCUGUGGAAUAUGUAACGUCAAAAAUAUUGUCUUCAAAACCACAAGAGCCUAAUAAAACCCUCUCCUUUGGUCAGAAUGAUACUGGUCGUAUUGUUUCUUCCUUUGGAGUUCCAUCUUUAUCGACCAAAAGAGAGUAUUCCUUCAAAAGUACAGUAACGUUCGAUACGCCAACUUCAGAAUUUGAUAGGUUUGGUGGACACCUAGAACACGUGGUACUGCAUUGCAAUUCUCUCACACUUUCAAAUAUGAAGUACUUAGUAAGUGAUGUCGACCAACCAGUUGAGACAAAGAUUAUUUCAAUGAUCAUAGCAUCUAUUGCCGUUGGCUGUCCAGACACUGCCGGGUUUCUAAGCCGUUUAUUGGUUGACAGGAAACAAAACUUUUCACGUAUUAUUGAAGGCCCGCAAGAAAACACUACUGAUCCAUGCGACGAACACAAAGCUGAAAAAAUUAAGAUGUCUCUUAGUUUCAGUCAAAGGUACAAGACACUGUACGAAUUACUGUCACCAGCCCUAUUUCUUUCCCUAAAAUGUGAUAACCUUGGACAGAAAGAAUUUAAAAGUCUUUUAUAUGAUUUUAAGCAGAAUAACGCUUCAUACGUUAUCAAUAGCACUUACAAUGUAACAACUAUCGCGAGCACCUUCAGUCAGGAUUCAAGAUAUAAAAGUGGUCGUAUCAUGAAUUACCUUAAGGAACGUAAAUUUCAAAUGUUAAAUGCAGAAAAACUAGUGUACGAAAUGGUUGCAAUCAACGAAGCAUACAGAAGAGAAAAAAGAGAAACUGGUAUCAAUAAUAUUUACAAGUAUUUUAAAGUAAGCAGAAAUUGCGCUAUUUCACGCCCUCUAGGCGUUUUAUUGAACCCGAUUUCAAAAGAUGACUGCCUUCAGCUUUGCUUAGAAGAAGAAGGUUGUAAAUCAGUUGGAUAUAUGAAAGACAACUCACAGACCUGCCAUAUGAAUUCUGAAAACAGAAAAGAUGUUGGCAAAUUUUUCUCUUGUGGAAAAGUGGAUACAGCGUCAUGGGAUUAUUAUGAAAAGAUCAAGGCCAUUGAUUACUUUUUAAUUUCUAGUAAGAUGACUGCAAAGGUACUGGCAGUCAGACCAGACUAUUCGGUCGUUUUGAAGACGUAUACUGGAGACGACAACCAACUGUGGUAUUGGGACAAUGGAGCUAUUCGUUCGAAAAAACAUCAUCAUACAUUUUUACAGUUGAACGUGUCUGAGUAUGAAAGAUCUGGCUGGGGUAAGGUUUAUAUAUCAUCAAGACGAAGUGGUAACAAUUUUCUAUGGAAUUUCGAAAACAACCAGUUAACAUCUCAGUACAAAAAUUUGAAGUUAGAUGUAAAAUAUAGUCACACGUAUGACGGAGCACUUGUUGGCGUUUACCCAGGAACUGGGUAUAUGAAUCAAAAAUGGAGUCUUAGUUGGGAAAGAUUUUAUUUCAUUAUCACAAGCAGACAUUCCGGCAAAGUUCUGGAUGCAAGUCUUGACGAAAGUAGCACUGGUAAAGUUAUCUUAUGGUCAUAUACUGGCAAGGAUAACCAAUUAUGGUUUUGGGACGAUGACAAUAUUAGAUGCAAACAAUUUCCGGAAAAAGUACUUGAUCUCCAUAUGGCAAAUUAUGAAGCAAACAACUGGGGCAAUGUUUACCUACAUCCUUACAAUACGGGUAACAAUCAACGAUGGAAAGCUGAAGAUGACCAGAUAAUUUCAAGUUACAAAAACUUACGCUUAGAUGUUAAGCAAAGCAGUACUUCUGAUAGAGCGCUGGUAGGAGGAUACAGAAAUCACGGAGGAGUAAAUCAAAGAUGGACCCUUUCAUCUUCAAGGCCAUACUUUUUUAUAUUAAACAAAGAGUCUGGAAAAGUAAUGGAUGCUGCAAGUCCAGCAUCAAUUGAACUAUGGCACUACACUAACAGUGAUCAGCAGUUAUGGUUCUGGGAUGGUGACGUAAUACGAAACAAAAAGUAUGCUAACAAAGUAAUUGACCUUCAUAUGUCAGACUAUAACAAAUAUCGGUGGGGGAAAAUUUUUCUGCACCCAUUUAACGGCGGACAGAAUCAAAAAUGGAACUUUGAGAAUAACUAUCUUUCAUCUGAAUUUAAACAUCUAAGUGUUGAAGUAAAGGAUGGGAGCCAAGCAGAUGGAUCUCAAAUAGGUGCAAAGAAUGGAAAAUACCAAAAGUGGAGUUUACAACGAGAACAUGAUUUCUUCACGCUGUCAAGCAGAAUGCAUGCUAAAGUCUUAGAUGCACCCUCUGACAAUAAGGUGCUCAUGUGGUCAUUUCAUGGAUUAGAUAAUCAAUUGUGGUUCAUGGACGAAAAAAGCAUUAGAUCAAAGAAAUACCCAAACAAGGUCCUUGACCUGCAUAUGGAAAACUACAAAAAGAGUGGGUUUGGUGAUGUUUUUCUUCAUCCUUUUCAUGGAGGACCGAAUCAGAGAUGGAAUCUUGAAGGGGAUAAUAUCAUUUCUGAUUACCAAGGCUUGCGUUUAGACAUAAAACAAAGUAAUUAUGACGAUGGAGCGCUGGUAGGUGGAUACGGAAGCACUAGUAAUAUUAAUCAGAAAUGGAGCAUGAAUCCAAAAGAAAGGAUUUACUUCAUAGUAAAAGGAAAGGCAAGUGGAAACGUUUUAGACGCCGCAACCCAUACAAAGGUUCAUGUUUGGCCCUAUAAUGGAAAGGAUAACCAGUUAUGGUUUUGGGAUGGAAACUGUAUCAGAUCCAAACAACAUCCAAAUAAAGUCCUAGAUUUACGUAUGACUGAUUAUGAGAGGGAAGGAUGGGGGAAAAUUUUUCUACACGUUUACAAUGCUGGACCAAAUCAGCGUUGGAACAUUGAUGAUGAAUUUAUUAUUUCAAAAUAUCGCCAACUUAGAAUGGAUGUAUUUGGUGGUCGUACAAGUAAACGUUCAUUAGUUGGUGGCUUUCCGUACACCGGAAAUGACAAUCAAAAAUGGAUCUUUACUGUGUCAUCAUCAAGCUGUUUAGAUGAGACAGAAUCAGACAUAUACAAUGUUGUUCAGUAUAUUCCAUUUGUCGGAACUGUUUGGGAUAUAUUUUCGUCCAUUGGUUAUGCUAGUGCUGGAUGUACAAGUGUUGCACAAGAAAGAGCCGUAUCUUUUGCAAUAGGGGCUGCUUUGGAUGUUACAACAGCAGCAGCAGCAGCAUUGACGGGGGGUACUGCUGCAGGUGCACUAACUGCGGCGAAAACGGGUAUCAGAGUCGGUGUGAAGAUUGGACUGAAGCAAGGACUGAAGGCAGCGGUUUUUGUAACUAAACAAUCUAUUAAGAACGUUUUCAAAAAGGUAGCCAAGCAAGGAUUCAAGACUGCUGUAAAGACAGGCAUAAAAAAAAGUGGAAAAUUAGUGAUCAGAGAACUAAUUGCCGAUCCUGCAUUAUUUCUGAAAAACGUAGGAAUAUUAAGCAAGAAAAUGUUUCUCCAUCCGAGGAGGACAUUAAAAGGAAUAUGGAAAACAGCGGGUCGUAAUAUUGAUGAUCUGAAACGUCUCAUGAAGCGUUUAAGAUGUAAACGUGGUCAUGUUAGCAGUUGCACAAGGCGUGCACAAGCCGAACUUCACAGUACAGAAAACCACGAAAAUAUGUUCAAAUCACUUGCUGAUGAGAAAGCUGUAUCAGAACGUGUGGGGCGUAGUGCGCAGAGAUUUAUGGCAAAAGAAUCCGGAUCAUUUGAAGCAAAAUUUUCAAGCGCUCCAUUUAGCGUUAAGCAAAAAUUUAACGCUGCUGAUUCUGAAAGUGGUAAAGCUGAAUUAUGGGCGGUUUACCGAUACACAAUAAAUCCACGCCGUAUCAACAGCUUUUUAGGACAUAUUGUAAAAAGACAGCCUUUGUUUAGACCAAGUGAUCCAUUUACUAAAGAAAAAGGUGCUUGGGAUUCUGUAGACGAGGUUCUUGAUCAGGCUGAUUUAAUUCAGAGUUACCUGAAGAAAAAUCCUGUAAAAGAAGAGAUAAAAGCUUACAGAUGGGAGCAAGCUAUUGAAAAAUAUAGAGACGGUUCAGUUUAUGAAACAUACACUUUUAAGUCUACAACAACACGAACUGAGAGGUUUAAAGACAGCGGCAUAGAUCUGACAAAUGAACAAAAGUACCCAAUUGAAAUGGAAUUCAAGUUGAAGAAAUCGGGAACAAAAAUAGCCGACUUGUCCGGUUAUCCGAACCAGGAAGAAUACUUGAUUCCGAUUGGAACGCAAUUCAACGUGACGGUGGAAACGCCUAAACCUGGAUCAACGGUUGAACGAGUCACGUUAACAGAAAUCGUUUAA